CUUGCUCAGAAUCAAUCUUCAACGCCACUAUUCCACUAUUUUGCUUCUCAUUUCUUUGUUAGAAAUCAAAUCUUUUGUUCAAAAUGAAAGUCAUUAACAAACUCAAAAUUCCAAAAAAAUCUCCCAAAAUCAUCAAUAAUUUAAAUCUCAAUGAAACCCAUUUGAUACCUUUAAUCCACACUUGCAAAAAUACCCUUCAAAUCCAACAAAUCCAUGCCCAAAUUAUUCGCCAAAAUUUAUUAUCAAAUAGUAGAAUUAUUACUCAGUUAAUAUCAUCAGCUUCUCUACACAAAUCCAUUUACUAUGCUUUAUCUAUUUUUAAUUGUUUUAGGGACCCAAAUUUGUAUUUAUUUAAUGCUUUAAUUAGAGGAUUAAAGGAGAAUUCUUUAUUUGAGAAAUCAAUUUUGUAUUUUAGGUUAAUGCUUAAAAUGGGUAUUAAACCUAAUAAGCUUACAUAUCCAUUUGUGUUGAAAUCUUUAACUGCAUUGUGUGAAAAAAGACUUGGUAGUGUUAUUCAUUGUGGGGUUUUGAAAAUGGGUUUGGAAUAUGAUGUGUUUGUUAGGGUUUGUUUGGUUGAAAUGUAUGUGAAAAAUGAGUUAUUUGAUCUUGCAUUGCAACUGUUCGACGAAAGUCCCGAGAGAAAUAAGGAUGAGAGUGUGCUUUUGUGGAAUGUUGUGAUUUAUGGGUGUUGUAGGGAUGGGCGGGUGAGUAAGGCGUUGGCGUUGUUUGAGGAAAUGCCUGAGAGAAAUGCGGGUUCUUGGAAUACGAUGCUUAGUGGGUUGUUGAGGAAUGGGGAGGUGGAUAAAGCGAUGGAAUUUUUCGAUGGGAUGGAGAGGAAUGAAAAGAAUGUUGUUUCUUGGACUUGUGUGAUUAGCGGGUUAACGCUAAAUGGGUUGCAUCAAAAGGCUUUGGAUUUGUUUUUUAAGAUGGUGGAAGAAGGUAUAAAGCCGAAUGGUUUAACUACCGUAUCUGCUCUUUCUGCUUGUGCGAAAACUGGGGCAUUAGAGGCAGGUAGAAAGAUUCAUGAUAGUAUUACGAACAAUGGGCUUCAUUUGAAUGUAGCAGUUGCUAAUGCUUUGGUUGAUAUGUAUGCGAAAUGCGGGUAUAUUGAGUCUGCAAGCCUGGUUUUUAGUAGAUUAAAGGAGAAGGAUAUUCGUACGUGGAGCAUAAUGAUAUGGGGUUGGGCAAUUCAUGGACAUGUAGAUAAAGCUCUUAGGUGUUUUGAACAGAUGAGAUUGGCUGGAAUCAAACCUGAUGGAGUUUCUUUCCUUGCUGUUUUAACUGGAUGCUCUCAUGCUGGUCAUGUGGAUCAGGGCCUUCAAAUCUUUGAUAGCAUGCAGCAUGAGUGGUCAAUUGAGCCCACUAUGAAACAUUAUGCUGCAGUAGUAGAUCUACUUGGCAGGGCUGGUCGAUUUGAUGAGGCCUUGAAAUUUAUCGGAAGUAUGCCCUUGGAGCCAGAUUAUGUUAUUUGGGGUGCACUUUUUUCUGCUUGCAGAGCUCACAAGAACAUUGAAGUGGCAAAAGUUGCAUCAGAGAAGCUCUUACAGCUUGAGCCAAAGCAUGCUGGGAGCUAUGUGUUUUUGUCUAAUGUUUAUGCUGGAGCAGGGAGAUGGGAUGAUGUAGAAAGCGUUAGGAGUUCAAUGAAGAACAAAAAUGUUGAGAAGAAUCCUGGAUGGAGUUCAAUGGAGGUGGAUGGUCAAUUGCAUACAUUUGUUGCUGGUGAUAAUGCUCAUACACGUAAACAGGAGAUAUACUCGAAAUUGGAGGAAAUUAUUAGAGGAGCUAAACAACAAGGUUACGUGCCUGAAACUGAGUGGGUGCUUCAUAACAUUGAUGAGGAAGAGAAGGAAGGAGCAUUGGGAAGUCAUAGUGAAAAGUUAGCACUUGCUUUUGGGCUCAUAAGUACUGGUCCUGGUGUGAUCAUUAUGAUUGUGAAGAACCUUAGAGUGUGUGGUGACUGCCACUCUCUAAUGAAGUAUGUCAGCAGGAUGAGUCAAAGGGUGAUUGUGUUAAGAGAUAUAAAGAGAUUCCACCAUUUCAAAGAUGGAGUUUGCUCCUGUAAAGAUUACUGGUGAACUAAUAAGUGUUGCCCGACUUGCAAUUUCAUCUCAUGUUUGCUAGGGAAGAAUAUCCCAAGAUCAGAGAUAACUCAAGGAGACCAUCCCUUAAGUCUUGGGAAGAAUAGCAUCUGGAAUCAGUUAUUCCAGGACAAAGAAUAAUUGAACAGAUUGAUCGUGAUGUCACCUGCACUUUUUCUACUAGGCAUGCCAUUUGCAAAAUCUAACCAGGAUUCUCUGAGGAAUAUACUCAUUGUUUUUGCCAAACUGAAUCCUGGUAUAAGAUAUGUGCAAGGGAUGAAUGAAAUAUUGGCUCCACUAUUCUAUGUAUUCAAGAACGAUCCCAAUGAGGAAAAUGCAGUAAGUGAUGCCUUGUAUUGCUUUGAUACUGGAUUAAAUUUGCAAUAGCUAUGUUUUGCAAGCCAGAAAUGCAAUUUUGCUCUAAUAUCUUACCAUGAGUAAAAAUGAAGGGUAUAGAUGUACUGUACUUCAGUUCCUGAUUUACGCAAAUUGAUUGAUUUGGAGCCUAAGUUGUUAAAUAGAAGUUUGACUAGGCUCUACAAACUUCGUAAUUCUAUUACUUUGGAUAUCUGGAUUGCCUGAGUCAAUUUUCAGUAAAUUCGUGAUUAAAUUUGCAAAAAAAAAAUCAUAAUCAAAUAGUUUAUUAUUUUGCUCUUGUUCGUCAUCUUGCGACAUUUUGUUGUAUUGUCGUUCCAUCUUGUGGAUAUGAGAUUUAUGUUCCUUUAGGAAAGAUGAUAAUACUUUUUUUAAUAAUAUGA